AUGACAACCCCACUCAUCCUGCUACCAGGAGAUGAAGUGCCCAGCAAUUACCUUCCAUCUUCAAAGUCGAAUCCUCUCAAGAUAGGCCAAGGCCUCCGUCUACUGUCACAGCCCUCCACAAAAUCCAAGGAGCCUAACCUUGUUCUUUCAGCGACACAAGCUGGUAUUCUGGAAACCGAUGCUAGACGCAACACCAUUUCACUCCUCUCCUUCCCAAACCGUCGCUACAUCCCCACCACCAACGACUUGAUCAUUGCACAGGUCCACCAUUCCAGCGCAGACUUUUUCCAUUGCAUGAUCACCCCACACACUGCCCAGGCUCUCCUGGGCCAAUUGUCAUUUGAGGGCGCGACAAAGAAAACAAGGCCCAUGCUGAAGCAGGGCGACAUAGUCUAUGCGCGAGUGUUAUCUGUGGGAAUUGGUGCUGGCGCUGAGGUCGAGCUGACCUGUGUGAACCCGGCGACUGGCAAGGCGAAUCCAGGAGGCUUAGGUCCUCUCAACGGAGGCAUGCUGUUUGAUCUGUCUACGGGCAUGGCUGCUAGGCUACUCCGCGCGAGCUCAUCUUCUGCCGAUGACGAUGAGCCUAUUGAUGGGCUUGUGGUUCUUUCUGAACUUGGAAAGAAGCUUGAAGGCUUUGGAGGAUUUGAGCUUGCUGUUGGGCGCAAUGGCAAGGUUUGGGUCGAUUGCUCGAAUGCCGAAGAAAACGCUGUCAAGGUUACGAUUGCUAUUGGGCGAUGCUUGCAAGGGACUGAUGAGCACAACUUAAACCCUACGGACCAAAAGAAGCUUGUUAAAAAAACUUUGCGUGAUAUGAAGCUGCUUUAG